GUGAAUUUCGGGACGCAAUUUGUGUUUUGAAAAUGGCAAACCGUACGGUAAAAGAUGCAAAGUCUAUACGCGGAACAAAUCCUCAAUAUUUGGUAGAGAAAAUCAUCAGAUCGCGCAUAUACGAUUCUAAAUAUUGGAAAGAAGAAUGUUUUGCUCUGACGGCUGAACUUUUGGUCGACAAAGCGAUGGAAUUAAGAUACAUAGGAGGAGUGUAUGGUGGAAAUGUAAAACCUACUCCAUUUCUCUGUCUUAUACUAAAAAUGCUUCAAAUACAGCCUGAAAAAGAUAUUAUAAUUGAGUUCAUAAAGAACGAAGAGUUCAAAUAUGUUCGAGCUUUGGGUGCGCUGUAUAUGAGAUUGACUGGCUCUUCCUUAGACUGUUACAAAUAUCUUGAACCAUUAUUCAAUGAUAACAGAAAACUUAGAUCGCAAAACAAACAGGGUGUAUUUGAACUUAUACACAUGGAUGAGUUUAUUGAUAGUCUUUUAAGAGAAGAAAGAAGUUGCGAUGUUAUUUUGCCAAGAAUUCAAAAACGUCAUGUUUUAGAAGAAAAUAAUGAGCUAGAAGCAAAGAUAUCCGCCUUAGAAGAUGACAUGGAUGACGGUAUAGAAUCUUCGGAGGAAGAAGAAAUUCUCUCGUCUAAAGAAUCUCGAAAAAGAACAGAUGAUCACGAACGUGAUAGAGAUCGUCACAGAGACAAGAGACAUUCUCGAACUGAAAAGAAAUCUGAUAAGGAAAAACAAAGAUCGAGAAGUAGAGAAAGAGACAGAAGAGAACACAAGCGCAGCAAAACACCAAAAUCUCAUUCGUCAUCUCACAAAGAUAAAGACAGAGAUCGAGAUCGACACAGAAGAGAUGACAGGGAAAGAGAAAGAGAACGAGAUCGCCGAAGAGAACGCGACAGAGCUAGACAUUAACAAACGUUUAUAUUAUUAAACAUCUUUGUCAAUUGUUAUUUAUAAACGACUAUAUUGACAUAUUUUACGACUGUAUGAUGAAUUAGUUACACACACAUCAAAUAACUAUUAUUGAAAGAUGAUUAAGUUUUCUGUGUGUGUGUGUAUAUAUAUAUAUAAAACCUAGGACGCGGUCAGUCUCACUGCAAAUAUUGUUUCAUUCUAUAUCUUUAUUCUACAUUUAACGAGAAAUAAAAAUAGAAUAAUGCUUUGAAACAUCCGCGAUGAGCUUUGACCGCACCCUUAAUCAUCUUUCAAUACUAAUUAUUUUGCUCACAAAAUACAUUUAAUGCAAGUGUACGUAUUGAUUCACAUAUAAACGUGCAAAUACAUAUAUGUAUAGAAUUUAUGUGAAUAUAUACAUGUAUGUAUUUCACAAUUACAUAAAUACAUAUAC